AUGACUGCCGUACACAUUACGAGCGGCAGCACUCAAGAUGAUAACGAUAAAUCCUCAUCAACAAGAGGUUCAGUGGUUUCGAGAGAAUGCAAUACUUGUCAUCAUUCUUUAGUAACCAACGCAGACUCGAACAACACAAGGUUCAAGUUGAAACCUGGUGAAAAUAUGUUUGACUUUGAAGGUUCAACAGCAUCCACUCAGAGCCUGUCAUCGUUUCUGCAUUUGCUCGCCGCUUCUAACGUUUAUCGGAUGUUUUUCGCUUAUACCCAAGUGUUGCAACACGAUACGCAUCGAUGUAGUACAGCCUACCACAAGUACGGUCACUGCAACAGGUUUUGUGAUAUUCCAUGCAUAGAAGAAACAAGGGUACAUGUAAAGAACAUCUCAGAAGAACAUGACUACAUUCACGCAAACUGGGUAGAUGGCUAUAGGGAGCCUAAGAAAUUUAUACUAACCCAAGCACCUCUUUCACAAACGAUCGACCAAUUUUGGAACAUGGUCUGGCAGGAGAAGUGUUUGAUAGUGGUCUCUAUGAUUCAGAUGUUCGAUGUCAAUGGAGCGGAAUGGAGUGUACCCUAUAUCCCGAAAAAAACGGGAGAGAAACGUAGUGUUAGUGAUAUUAUGCUGGUUCAUUGCGGCACCCGUUGCAUACGACAAACUUAUGAUGCGACGGUGAUCAAAGCUACCAGAAAUGGAUCCGAAAGGCGGUUACUUCACCUCUGUUACUUUGCUUGGGGGCAUAGAGGAACACCUCGAAAACCAACAGAAGUGCUAAAUUUCGUCGCAGAUCUUAACUAUAAUAGAGAACUACUCGCAAAAGAAGCCGUCGAAGCCGGAUGGCUGAAAUCAAAUGAAAAUAGCCCAAUAACCAUUCACUGUCUUACUGGUGUGGCACGAAGCGCUACAUUAGUAGCUCUGGAUAUAUGUCUCAGAAAGCUCGAUGACACAGCGAGCAGGCCUUGCGGUCCUCUCGCAGACAUCGAAGAUGUUGUGCUAAGACUGAGAACACAGCGUGCUAUGGCUAUGCAGAAAGCUGAACAGUAUCUCUUCCUGCACCUGGCAGUUCUUGAGUAUGCUGUUCGUCAAAGAUACAUCGCAGAUGAAACCUAUGGUGAGAUCAAUCUCGAAGGGUUCUUUUACGAACCACGGCAUGAAGCUGACGAAAGUGGAAGUUCCAAGCUAAUUUCGAGCGAAAACACAACAACUGCAGAAUCGAACCAGCAAGAUGAGAAUUCUUCCAAAACAAAAAGCGAAAAAGGCAAUGACAAAAACAAAAAUUCAAAUAGUUUCAAAUAG